GUGAUUGCAUCGUAUCACACGCUUGGUAGUGAUUCAAAUCCGCAAGACAUACGUUUCGGUACGAAAUCACUCAACCAUGACAGGUCAGGGUUUUCCAAUUACAGCAUGAAAAACAUUAGACUGAACAUUGCAGAUCAUAUAGGCUAUAGCGCGCCAUUAUACACCAUCAUUGCAACAAAAAAAGGUGAUGAUGGCCCUCAUCUCCUCCACGAUUUUCUUCUGGAUCAAAUCCCAUGUGCCGACCUAACCAGACCCAAUAUCAUGUCCAAUAAUAACAUUCUUUCCAUACUAUUAUACACUCUUGAUACCACUCCUCGUUCCAUGCACGGCUGGGCCACCUUCAAAAUCUUCCAAGAGCACACGUUGAAGAGGCCCAACAACCAGCCCGAGUUUGCUGUUACUAAUUAUUCUGCCCUAUCAUCUACUUAUACGGAUGUUGAUACCGCAAGAACCAUUGCCGAUUCCUGGACAGCCUUGGGUCCGGCAGAAAUCGCCGAGUGGGAGGAGCUCGCUCAUGAUAUCCGUAUCGCGUAUGCACAACUAAUCGCUACGUUCGGGAACAGAAUUGUAUUCGAAGGAUUCCUUUGGGAAGAGGAAAGACUCUAUCAUGUGCGAACCAUCUAUCUCAAGUGGUUGGGCUGUCAAACUGCUCAAGCCAGAGCAAACACGACUAACCUGAUGACAGCAGCAUUUUAUCCAUGA